AAUUCCUAGAUCCGCCCCCGACAACUCAUUGUCAAUAAACACAACUCACCCAACAGAAUGGGCUCUAGAAUCAAUACCAGAUUAAAUUAUUUUUCAAUCGCUUUUUAAUUGCUUUAACAAUCGCCAAUCAAUUAUCGUCAAGAAUCACAACUCACUCGACAGAAUGGGUUCAGUAAUCAACACCAGAUUAAUAACAACAAAAGGCUUGAAAAGAUCUGAAUGUUGAGUGGAAUGGUGAAAUUUUAUAACCAGUAGGUUUGAGAAUCAGUGAUUCAUUGAUUUACAUUAUUUAACAGAUAAACAUAAUGGCAGCUGCCUCACUGAGCCAACUAAUGAAAAGUUUAGCAAGGCUAAGCUUACUUAAUCAUGCUAAAUCAAGACAAAGUUUCCACACUAGUAGUAUUGUAGAUGGUAAAGCAAAGUUUAUUAAACUGGGUAUAAAUGUAGAUAGAUAUACAUUAAGACCUAUACAUUUACCUAAAUCUGGAGGACGAGGUCAUGAUGGUCGCAUUCAAACACAUGGUGUAGGAGGUGGACAUAGACAGUGUUAUCGUAUGGUUGACUUUAAACGUAUUGGUCCUAAAACUGGAGAACCAUUAGUAGAAAGAGUAUUAGCUGUUCGUUAUGAUCCGUGUAGAAGUGCUGAUAUAGCGGUAGUGGCAGGAGGAGAAAAAGCUAGAUAUAUUGUAGCUUCAGAAAACAUGAAAGCUGGAGAUUUAAUUAAAAGUUCUGGAGAACUGAAAAAGAUAACAGUGAAAGCUAUAGAAGGUGAUAGCUAUCCUUUAGGAUCUUUACCCUUAGGAACUUUAGUACAUAAUAUAGAAAUAUAUCCUGAAACUGGUGGUCGAGUGGCCAGGGCUGCAGGUACUUGUGGACAACUUAUAAAGAAAAUUGGUGAUCGCUGUAUUAUAAGAAUGCCAUCUAAGCGUGAGAUGAAUGUUUCUGAAGAAUGCACAGCAACUGUUGGUAGAGUUUCUAAUAUUGAUCAUAAUAAACAACACAUAGGAUCAGCAUCACGUGCUAGAUGGUUUGGUAUCAGACCAGACAGUGGAUGGAAGCAAAAGAAAACAGGUUAUAACGGACGAAAAAUAAAACCAGUUAAACCAGUUGUUAUUCAUAAAGCUUCUAAAGCACCUGCAAGUGCUAUAUAUAAAGAUACUGUAUAGUUAAUUUAAUAAAGAUAAGAUUUUAGUAUUUAUCAUACA